UUCAGGCUGUAACAGCAACAGGAGCAUCAAGAGCCAGGAGCCAGGAAGGAGCAUGGAUGACAGCAUAGCACCAAGGCCCAGAGUCCUGAUGGAACCAGAGAUGUUCAAGCAACAGUUUGCAAAUGAAGAUCAAGGCUGUGGGCUGAGGCAGACCUACCUGUGCUACGAAGUGGAGCGCUGGGACGGGAGCUCCUGGGUCCCCAUGGCAGAGCACCAGGGCUUCCUGCGCAACCAGCCUAGAUCCCGCCAUGCAGAGCUGUGCUUCCUGGACCUGCUCUCUCACUGGCAGCUGGACCCCGCCCAGCGCUACAGGAUCACCUGGUUCAUCUCCUGGAGCCCGUGCUCCGAUUGUGCAGAGCACGUGGUCACCUUCUUGGGGAACAGCAAUCAUGUGAACCUGCGCAUCUUUGCUGCUCGCAUCUACACUUUGUCCAGAUAUCAAGAAGGGCUGCAGGCCCUGCAGAAGGCUGGAGCCCCGGCAGCCAUCAUGUCCCUUGAUGAGUUUGCUUACUGCUGGAACACCUUUGUGGACAACCAGAAUUGUCCCUUCGAGCCCAGUCCCGGGCUGGCCAACGCCAUUCAGUGCCGGGAGGAAGGGCUGCAGCACAUCCUGCAGCCCUCCAGGGUUUCUCUGUUCGGCUCCAGUCGCCCUGGGGACGCGCACCCGUCUUGGACCGCCCAGCGGGCCCAGGUUCCAGCUUGCUCCGCCCAGGGCGGUGGCCCCGAGCCCGGUGGUUGUUCCGGCCGCCGCCCGCAGGGGGCACAUGGGGACCGGACUCGCAGGCGCUGCUUCCCCUCCGCCCCUUAA